UCUGUUACUAAGAGAAUGAAUCUCCAUCUUCACCAGGUCUCCUGCCUUCAGGACUUUUUUGGGGACGAUGAUAUCUUUUUUGCCUGUGGCCCUGAGAAGUUCCGCUAUCAGGAUGACUUCAAUUUGCAAGAGGGUGAGUGCCUGGUCGCAAAGUCUGCAUCAUACGGCCGGCUUCCCUCCGGACAUGCUCUCUCCUCCCCGAGAAUCGGUGGGAUGUCCCGCAGAAGCAAGUCUCCAUCAUCCCCUGGUUCAGCUAAUGGCACGGCAGGCAGUCAGCUGUCCACCCCUCGAUCUGGGAAGUCUCCUAGCCCGUCUCCAACAAGUCCAGCUAGCCUUCGAAGACGACGGGGAUCUCAUCACAGUGGCUCUUCACUCUCUUUAGCUUCUACCAAGGUUUGCAGUUCAAUGGAUGACGGAGAUGGGCCCAGCAGUGAAGCUGAGCUAGUGGAUGAGUGCCUCUCUGUCCCUGCGUCCAUCUCAGAGAGGUACAAAGUGGGGAGGACUUUAGGGGACGGAAACUUUGCCGUGGUCCGAGAGUGUGUGGAGAGAUCCACCGGAAGGGAGUAUGCUCUGAAGAUCAUCAGCAAAGACAAAUGCAGAGGAAAGGAACACAUGAUCCAGAGCGAAGUGUCAAUCCUUCGGCGUGUGAAACAUCCCAACAUAGUUCUCCUUAUUGAGGAAAUGGACACCAGUAGUGAACUCUAUCUCGUAAUGGAGUUGGUUAAGGGCGGGGAUCUUUUUGAUGCUAUCACCUCCUCAAACAAAUACACAGAGCGAGACGCCAGCAGUUUGCUGUUCAAUCUGGCAAGCGGCAUCAAGUACCUUCACAGCCUCAAAAUUGUCCACAGAGACAUAAAACCAGAAAACCUGUUGGUAUUUGAACACCAGGAUGGAAGUAAGUCUCUGAAGCUCGGUGAUUUUGGCUUGGCUACCAUCGUCAACGGGCCCCUCUUUACCGUGUGUGGCACCCCGACCUAUGUAGCACCGGAGAUAGUCGCUGAGACCGGGUAUGGCCUCAAGGUGGACAUCUGGGCAGCUGGUGUCAUCACUUACAUACUUCUGUGUGGCUUUCCACCUUUCCGUGGCAGUGGUGAAGAUCAGGAGGCUCUGCUUGAACAGCUUUUGAAGGACCAGCUGGAUUUCCCUGCACCAUACUGGGACAAUGUGUCUGAAAAUGCCAAGGCUCUGAUCACUUGGAUGCUGCAGGUAGACGUGGAUCAGAGAUGCACAGCUGCACAGGUGCUCGAUCACCGCUGGGUUAAUGAUGAUGGUGUGUCAGAGAAUGAGCACCAGCUGCCUGUGGCUGGCAAGAUCAAGAAACACUUCAACACAGGGCCCAAGCUCAGCAGCACCGCAGCAGGAGUGUCCGUCAUUACAACCACGCCACUUGAUAAGGAGAAGCAAGUUUUCCGACGAAGACGCAACCAAGAUGUGAAGCUUUCUCCCCACCUCCCACGCAGUAUGGGGGCCGGUGCCUCACGCAGUGCCAACCAUGGCCUCUCUGCCGCCGAGCUAACCCCCGAGGACUAUUCCCCGGGUUCAGCUGGCACGGUCCGUUCCCCCAUGCCUCCGUUCUAACAGCCUCCCGAGGCCAAAGCACUGUCCACCUUCACGUGGAGAAAUGUGAGGCGGUGUAGUGCAAAACUGAAAGACCCACAUGGGGUUUACUCUUAUAAGUUGGAAAUGUACACACUUCAUUACUGACCUGUACCCAUUUAAUGUUUCUUCAUAAAAUAAAUGGAUUGAUCUGAGUAAGGGACAAAUGUGUCUCUGGAUCAAAGAAUAUGCCUUAAGAGCAUACAACAAUAUUAUAUACACACCCCUCCUUUCAAAAAGUUAUCCAAACUGCUAAAACCUUAUUUCUGCCCAGCAUAGUGGUUCAUAGUGGUUCAUUGCAGUACUCUAGAGCCCUCUAGUGGUUUAUAAUCUGUACUGCAAGAAAGACAACCUGAUGCAUAAAGCACUUGGCUUUAAUGGGAGUUGCAAACGCAAAACAUUUAAAACUUAGCUUUUAAAAAAGGAAUUACAUUAUUUUGUGACAGUACAUUUUACUUAUCAUGGUUUGAACACAAAUACUUGUUAUAAAAUAACCCUCUAAAUUUGACAUUGACUGUAAAAGUCACCUUCCAGGGGUACUGUGCAACAUCUUGAUUACACUCUACUGUACCUGAAUACGAAGUUUAAGAGGACUUAAAUAACUUAAAAACCUGCUGCUAUAGCAUUAUCAUUAAGCAUUAUCUGAAUUGAACAUUUGUUUUGUGUAGGACAGAUGUUCUCCUGCCACCCAGUAGCAUGACUCUUUAAGAUAAUUGAGGGCACUAAUGUUUGACUGUUGAUGGUCCAGCUCACCUGGGCGCUUCAGGAUGAUUAUUGAAACAUAUAUGUUACACGUCUGUGAGAGUGGUUGUAAUUCAGUGGUGCAGAUGAAUGUCAGUGAUGUAUAGUUGGUAGUAAGUGCAUGUUUAAAGCCUUGCCUUGGCACAUAUGGAUUUAAGUGCAAUUAGGUGCGUUGCUCAAUGAGUGCAGUAACAAAUGUGUCCCACAAAAUGCUGGAAUAAAUGAGAAUGGAUCUGUUGCUGGUAUUAUUAGCAACCAACUGACACACUUCUCUAUAAGAUGGGGGCAAUUGGCACCUUUUUUUUCGGGGUAAAAUAUUGGCAAACAAAAGUGCUUCCAGUAAAAUCCAUUAUUUGAAUAUGUGAUGGUCUUUUCGAUAACAUGAUCGAAUAACAUGACUGAGAAGACUGGCUUAUAGAUUGUAUGUACUGUAAUGUUCUCUGACAACUCCAUACAUUGGUUCACCUGAAGACCAAAUAUUCAUGGAUGUGAAUGUCUUGUUCCUUUUUUCAGAGACUGUAACCUGCAUGUGUGCUAAUAUGCAUCCUUAAUCAGCUGUUCUGGUCUUCUACUGUUUGAUAUACGCCUGUCAGAGAGGAAACCAUUCUUGUUGUCAUUGUAAGUGAUGUCUUGGUGAAUGCAGUUCCAUUAUAUAGUCAUACCACAGCUAAGUUCAAACUUGUAUAUACAUAUUUUAACUGGAAUGUAAUGUCACACCACGGACUUUGUUGUAAAAGGGCUUUUACGUUUUUGACUCAAAGGGGGUGAACCAAAAAGCACAAGGAAAGCAAGUUGGAACAGUGACAUUUGGGGAUUGUAUAUGCUUUCAAGGCUUUUAAAAAUCUGAAAAGCAUUAAUAUAUACUGUUAAUACACCAUGACAAUGAUAAGACAACUGGGAAUGUCAGUAUUAGUUAUAAGCAGACGGGGAAUGCACGUUCUGUAUUAUAUUUAUCCAUAUUUCAUUAAUGUACGGAUGCCAUAAAAAAUCUAAAUAAAUACAAAACAGAG